CAAUCUUGAGACACUGCAUGGGCUCCGAUGAUGCCUCAAGCGCCGGACAUAAUACGUCCGCCUGUUCUGGCACAAUGCAAGGAAUCAGCAUUCAGAUUCCUCGCCCAAGCGCGUCUCGAUGCAUAUAUCAAUGGCGCUGGUCGCACUUGCCACACUAACUCUCGCCGUAUUAUGUUUCCGUUCCUCUUCCAUCCCCCAGCCCCUAUUCCUCCACCCCACGCUCCACGAGCGAGACUCCGACCAGAUCCCCGCCCGACAUGUCUGCCCUUUCCGUCGCCCACGGUGCCGCCACCACCAUAUUCUCCAACCUCUUCGUCAAGCUGCCCGUCCCACGAGGAAACCCAGAACUGCCCAACCAGGUCAUGAUCGUGACGGGAUCCAACACCGGUCUCGGCCUGGAGACAAGCCGCCACCUGUUGCGCCUCGGCCUGGGCAAGCUCAUCAUGGCGGUGCGAAACCUGAGCAAAGGCCACGACGCCAAGCAAGACCUCCUCAAGUCCACCGGCCGGGACGACGCGUCGAUCGAGGUCUGGCCGCUGGACAUGGACAGCUACGAGUCUGUCAAGGCGUUCGCCCGCCGCGCCGCGCAGCUCCCGCGGCUCGACGGCGUGCUGGCCAACGCCGGCAUCAUGACGCGCAAGUUCAGCCUCAGCGAGGGCCACGAGAAGACGCCCAAUGUCAACGUCAUCAGCACCUUCCUGCUCUGCCUGCUGCUGCUGCCCAAGCUGCGCGAGUCGGCCCGACAGACCGGCCGCCCGGCCCGCUUCGUCAUCCCCAACAGCGCGCUGCACUACAUGGCGCCGCUGGCCGAGCUGGCGCCCGAGGGCCCCAUCAUUCCGCGCCUCGACGACCCGGCCAAGGCCGACAUGGCCGGCCGCUACCCGCUCAGCAAGUUGCUCGUGCUGUACGCGGUGCGCGAGCUGGCGGAGCGGUGCAAGGACAAGGACAAGGACAAGGGGCGUCUGAUCAUCAUCAACACGCCGAACCCGAGCUACUGCGUGAGCAACCUCGCGCGGGAGACCAGCGGCCUGGGCAGCCGGGCCGCCGAGAAGCUGCUCGCGCGCACGACCGAGGAGGGCAGUCGCACGCUGUACCACGCGCUGUGCGACGCGGGCGAGGAGAGCAACGGGCAGUAUCUGACCAACUGCCACGUCCAGACCCCCUCGCGCCAUGCUUUCAGGCAGUGCGCGCAGCCGCUCCAGGGGAGGUUCUUCGACGAGCUCCUAGCUACUCUUGAAAAGAUCCAGCCGGGUAUCUCAUCGAAUAUUUAGCCGUGGCGCACGGUGGUGAACCCGAGAUGUUUCCGUCUGCGUUUUGCUUUGUAAGGUAGUAUCUAUCUUGUCGGUCUGUAUUUGCCAACGGUGUCGGUGACCCUGGGACUAUGUACCCUAAAUAAUAGACGGUGUGAAGAUAGUCAGUGUGCGAUUCUGCUUCGGCUGCUCUCAGUUGGUUUGCUAGCCCUCAGAUAGUACAUCAUUGGAGACAGCCUGGCCAUCCUCCUGAUACUUCCGAGUACAGUUCGGCAGAGUGACGUCUCUCCC